CGUCACCGCUCGACCCUCCGCGCCCCUUCCUGCGCGAUGAUUCGGCGUAUGAUUAGUCUUGACUUGUCUCCGGUGUUUUGGUGCGGUGCGGUUUGAUGCUCUUUCCGUUUUAUUUUUUUACACAGCGGCGCAAAUAGACAACCGUUGGAGGGAUUUACCGAUUUUUCUGCUGGACAGAUAGAGACCGAGUCCGGGACGAAGCAUGUCCACCGCGCUGGAGAGCUACAUCAACCGAACUGUUGCCAUCGUCACCUCAGACGGGAGGAUGAUCGUGGGCACUUUGAAGGGCUUUGAUCAGACCAUCAACCUGAUCCUGGAUGAGAGCCACGAGCGCGUGUUCAGCUCCAACCAGGGGGUGGAGCAGGUGGUGCUGGGCCUCUACAUCGUUAGAGGAGACAACGUCGCCGUGAUCGGGGAGAUUGAUGAGGAGACCGACUCCACGCUGGAUUUAGGGAACAUCAGAGCUGAGCCGCUCAACUCUGUUGUACACUGACCUUUGAACCCUGCUGUCUCCAUGGCAACCCAUCACAGUACAGCUCAGUUCUGUUGCUGUCGUGUUCUGGGAGGCGUGAUGAGUGGUGAAGCUGCAGAACCUCGAUUGUUCUGUUUCUGUUUGUAUUUUUUAUAAAUAACAUGUUGGAUUUGUUUUCUACUUCAUGUUUUUGUCAGUCUGAGAUCAUUUUAAUAAAGUCUGAUUUGUUAAGCUGUUUAUAA